CCCCAUCAAAUCGCAUCAUCUCAAUCACCAAAAGUCUACCGCCGUGGCUUUCUACAGCACGAGCCUGCGCUUCCGUCGAACUGUAAGCUGCCAGCGAAACACCUCUCGCAUCGCCCGCAAGCUGGGAUCAGCAACGCAGCCAAGACCCCUUCCGAGCCGUUGCCGUCUUCACCUGCGCGCUUGUCACCAAAGUCUGUUCUUGCCGAUGCCCAUCCGUUCCUCUUCUAGCUCACGACAACAAACGGACGAAACGCAUGGCCGCGAGAGCCAAAUUUAUCGUAAAUAUCGACAAUAGAGCCGCCUGGAUUCCUUACAAAGUCAUCUGCCCACCGCUCAAAGGGUCUCGGCCCGCUCUCGUGCCCUCCAUCGCCUGGCCCCGCAUGCUUCCCGUCGUUUCGCCUCACCAAGUUCGUACAUCACAUUCGCAAGUCGUUGCCACAGCUUCUGUUUAUCCACCACGUACUUCUUGGUCUUGCCGCUCCUUCUCUCUGUCUUGUUCUCAAUCGGGCUGCGUUCGAAGCUGCCAGGCUGUCCAGAGAGUCUCCUGCUUGUUUCUCAUCACCAUCAUCAUCUCACCCAAACGCCGUGUUGGAGACUGGCAAGGGGUGGCUCUAGCAGAAACGGGAGUUGGCUGCGUCCCACACUUAAUUGCAUGGCUACGCCCUGCCGCUCCACCACUCUACCUGUGGGCGCCAGGCAGUACUCAUGCUUCAAGGUCACGUCGGCUGUUGUUAGGCCACCUUCAAGCUAUGUAACGUCCAGCUCCAGCAGUCAACAUUGAACAUUGACCAACAAGCACACGGUUCAGCAGUUCCAAGACCGAUGCUCUACUGUGUACUCCGUAGCAACCUACAGAUGCGCCGUGCUGGUCGAGGGUCUUUAACCUUAAAAAGAAGCAAUAGGUCCGAUCUGACCAAAUGCUUCUUGCCAGUUAACGAGCGCACAUGCUUGGAGC